AUGUUAGGUGUCAGUGAUGAAUCCAAAUGUUACUACUUAUCUAAUCCUAAAGCCAAGAGAAUUGUGAUUAGCAAAGAUGUUCUAUUUGAAGAAGAAAAAGAUUGGAAUUGGAGUACAAUUAUAAAGAGUAGCUCGAAACUAAAUUGGUCUGGGGUGAUGAUGAACUCCAUAGUGAUGAUAGUGAACAACAUCAACACAAUGAUGGAAUUCAACUUGAUGAAAAUAGAGAACUCGAAGAUGAUGGUGAAACCAAUGCAGUUCCAAGAAGAGAGCGACAACAACCAAUUAGAUUUCAGGAACAAUGUCAUGGAUGUCAAAGAAGCAACCAAUUGUUACUCUUUCAAGCACAAAGGGUCCCUCACCGACGUGAAGCUUCAGAACAUUCUCGUUUUCGACGGCGAGGUGAAAAUCGCGGACUUCGGGCUCACCAAGGAGAAGGGGGAGAAACAAGGGAAAUGCGAGUUCAGGGGAACGUCGUUGUUUAUAUUGCCGGAAUCGGUGAACGACGAUGAAUAUGAGCCGCCGACGGAUAUUUGGGCCUUGGGAUGUGCCAUCGUGGAGAUGGUGACCGAAAAACCCGCGUGGGGUGUUAGCAACGGUUCCAAUAUUUGGUCAUUGAUGAUUCGGAUUGGAGUGGGAGAAGAUAUGCCAAAGAUUCCAGAAGAAUUGUCGGAAGAGGCGAAAGACUUUUUGGAGAAGUGCUUUGAUAAGGAUCCCAAAAACAGGUGGAGCACUGAGAUGCUUCUGAAGCACCCUUUCAUCAAAGUUGACUCAUUUUCGUUCGAGAAUGUUCAUCAAACGUUAUCAUCACCGUCGUCGAAGACCCACUUCGAUUUUCCUGACUGGGCGUCCACCGUAAUGGCUUCGCUCCCGUCCUCCAUGGAUUCCGAUGAGCACUUUGGGUGGUCGAGUUCUCCGGAGAGUCGUCUCCGGCAGCUUAUCACCGAUAAGACACCAGAGAAUUGGUCAGAAUUGGAUGGCUGGAUCGGCGUUAGGUGA